GCGCGGGGCGGAGGCGGCCGCGCUAAAUGGCUGCCGCGCGGCAGGGGGCGGGGCGCUGGCGGGCGCUGCCGUUGGCGCGCGGGUUGAAGAUGGCGGCGGCGAGCAGGAGCGGGCCCCCGGCGGGUGAGGUGGAGGCGGUGGCCGCGGCCUGGAUGCUGGAGUUCGCCUGCUGCUGCCUGUGCCGGCGCUUCGGGGACGGGUGCGCCGCGGAGUUCCAGCGGUGGAGCGACGUGGCACAUGCUCUUAUUAAUGGCCUCUCCAAAAUACCUACACAUCAGAAAAAAGCGGUGUAUCUCUGUCAGCUUUUGAUAAGAAUUGCAAAAGGAAAAAAACUUGAAUGCCAUUUUGAAAAUGAUAAAAGAAUUUCACCUUUGGAAUCUGCUCUGUCUUUCUGGACUUUACUUGAAAGGGAAGAAGUUGAACUGGAAAAGCUUCAUAAAGAUAUUCAUCAGUUGAUUCAAAUUCAGAUUGUAGCAGUCUAUAUGGAAAAUGGAUAUUUCAAGGAGGCUUCUGAAGUUCUUGAAAGGCUGUUUACAGACUCGGAAUCAGAUAAGCCUUUAAGGAUGAAGCUGGCAACUGUAAUUAAAAGCAAGGAUCCAUAUGUUCCCCUUCUCCAAAGCUUCAGUUACAAUGUUUUGAUAAGUAAAAUCAAGUCUUACAUUGAACUUUUCAUGAAAGAAAAUGAAACUAACUUCUUAUUACAGGCAGCCACAAAACAGGUAGAGUCUCAAGGACUGGGAGCAACAGCAUUGCAAAGCACAACUGUGAAUGCCGAUGAAAAUGACAAAGAGAAUUUGGAAGCAAAACAAAGAUUAAUGAAAGAGCAACACAGUAUUACAGAUCAGUCACCUGGAGAUGUAAGAAACCCCACAGUAAGGCCUCGUUCAGGAGGGAAACUCAGAGGGAGAACUGUUCUUCAGAGUCUAAACAGCCUGCAAAAUAUGGAAAAACAUGGAAAUGCGUUGGCUUCAAUCCGAAAAAGACAGCGAUGGACUUACAAAGAAGACUUGAAACUGAAAUCAGGAGUAAAAGAGUUUGGAGUUGGUAACUGGGCUAAAAUUUUGGUCUAUGGUGACUUCAACAACCGAACUAGUGUCAUGUUAAAAGACAGAUGGAGAACACUGUGCAAGAUCCAACAAGGCUAAUUUGGACUAGACGAAUCAACUCUUCUUAACCUUUCCCUACAGAAGGACCUGGUCUAGCUUUUCAGAAUACUAACUUAUUUUAGUCUCAGAGUGUCCAGCAGUGUUGCUGUCCUAAAACAUGGAACAGAAAAGUGAUAGAUACUGAACGUUCGUGUAAGCUCAUUUGCUUAUGUAGUGAUGACGUAAAGUCUGGCCUUUUACCUACACACAAUAGAUUAAUUAAUUUCUGAAAUGUGAAAAUGCUUGCAGCAAUUUAAGAAAGUUCAAUAAUGUAAAUAAAAGUAUUAAAUGCCUGGCAACAUGUUUAGAUUAGUAGUUAAGUGUUCUGUGUUUUUAAAGGGUUGUAUCUCUAGUCAGAUUGAGCUUUUUAGCAUUUUACUUCCUGCCAUAUAAUCCAUUCUAAUCUGAUUUGCUUCACUUUGAAAUUUUGAUCAGACUUGUCAUUUCUGUCAGCAAGUUAUACAAAAAAAUAUGUAUGUAUUGGUAUUGCUAAUUUUAUAAACCAGUUCCCUUUAUGGCAUGUAAAAAAUGUGAUACUCCAUGUAAUUUCAUAUUUAUAAAUAGUAAAGGUGAGGGCGGGGGGUGGUUCGGUUUCAGAGGGGAUGAAGAAUGAAGCUUUAAGUUCUAGGUGGAAGAUUACUUUGAAUUUAUGUAUAUUAGCAUAAUACCAUCUGUUAUCUCACAGAAGGGAUGGAAAACGUAUGGAAAGUAACAGCACAAUACUAGCACUUAACAGCUAACAUCUCUUGAUUAUCUUGUGUCACCUACCUUGUCUUAAAAAGUGGCUUUUUCUAGACCAGCAGGAAAGGGAAAGCUCAAAACCAGCCAAAGUGGAGCUCAGUAACGAGUUUAUACUGACACUGGUAGCAUAGCUUGAGACAUGUUUCAUCUGUGCUCUCCACUGUCUCUGUAUGCAGUGAUAGCAAAGAUAAGCUCUCAUGGGGGUAACCAACUAUCAAGGUGUCAGUUGUCAAUGUAAAUAUCCUGUUCAUGAAAGACUGUAGCAGAUGGGUGAUAGUACUAGGCUGUCUCUUGAUUCAGAUUGUGUGGAGAAGGUUCCACAACCUCAGAAAACCCAUACUUUUCACUGUUAUACUGGUGUGAAUCUUGGGACUUGAACUAACAUAUCACAGCAUUCUUUCAAAAAGGAAGUCUCUUCAAUUCAGAGGUUUUCUGUACGUUUAUCCUUGGAUAAGGUUUUUAUUUUACAAGAACCUUACAAGGAAAAGCAUCUGUCCAAACUGGUCAUAACAAAAUAAACCUCCCAGAUAUUUUUCCUGGCUACAAGGAAAGGCUGAAAUGUUCAGGAAGUAUUAAGAUAAUCUCUCUGCUUUCUGUUUUGGAGGCCUGCUUCCAUUAAGAUAAUAUACUUGGUAAAGUACAGUUACAAAGCUUUGUUUCACACUCGUAUUGUGGACAAGACCUCAGCCAGAUCAUCUUCCUCAUUCUUGCCACCAGGCGCUUAAGGUUUCUUCCUGCAGCUGCUAGAAACACUGACAAGCAGUGGUCUAUAAGGUUCCACAGAGCUGCUGCAUGUGUUAACUGUAAAUUUUCUCAACCUUAAGUCAUCUUUUUUAGCAAACAUGAAUUUCAGGAUCUUGAUAAAAUACAGGCUUUGUCCUUCAGCAGGGAGUGCUAGAGCAGCUGUAGGCCAACAACUGAAAAAAUCCCAGCAGGUAUCUGACAACUGAGAAAGUGCAGUAUGGUGCACUUUAAUGCUGUAACAGUAAUUCAAGGUAAGUAAUAGGUAACAAAACGUGGGUUUGAGCUACCUGCACAGCAGUCUUGCCACUGCUUUAAUAUUAAUGCUUUAUGCUAAUCAUUGUGCAUGAGCAGUUUUAACUAGUAAUAAGUAUUUUUUUUUUUAUGUUAGCCAAGGCUUUAGUCACAAAGUUUUGUUUAGGUUCAUUUGUCAUAAAGUUCACACUAUGUAUCAGUGACAUGAAGUUUUGAGCAAGACUACUUAACAAUGCUGGCUAGUCAUACGUCUUCUGUGAAGGCGGCUGAAUAUGAAAGCUGCAACAUAGAGGAAGAAUACUUGUAUAAACAACUGUCUAGGUAAUAUUGGGAAGGAACAAAGGAUCUAAACUGAAAUCCUGUUUUAGCUCUCCGACUUUAAUUUUUAUUCACCCUUGCUAUUUAAUGAUGACAGUAACUAUUCUCAGUCUUGAAAAUGUUUGGCUGCCUCGCUACUGAGUAGGCGCAAUGCCUGCAGACAGGACUGUGGCCAGUAAAGAACGAGAACUUUAGGAAAAGCAGCUACUACCUUUAGAAACAUUAGCUCUUUAAUUACAAAAGAGAAACAUGGAAACAUGCUUCUAAUGUUCUAAUACAAAGAUCAGUCUUAGCAUUUUGUAUUAAGGCAGAGAGAGUUUCCCAAAAUGCUUCUUCAAAAGUUCUGAUUCAUUUAAAGUUUGUUUAGGCUCCAGGAAGUGCAGCAGAAAGAUGUGGGCUUCUUGGCAUUGGUUAAUUUUCUUAAUCUUUUUGUUGUUGCCAUUUUAAAGGUCUUUUAGACUUUCAUGUAAAAAUAAAGCUAUGCACAAGGGGACAUGAGCAGUGCUCCAGCUGCCGAAUCUUCUUCCAGGUUCCUUGGCACUGAGAGUUGCCAACUGCUUCCCAGUGUAAGAUUUUACCUCUGAAAUGUGACAAUAAGUGAGGAUUAAAACGCUGAAAACUCUGUAUUUCGAGUUACUAGCUUGUGUUGUAUAAUAUGUCAGAAGAUUAGAUUUGCUUAAUAUUUAAUUAGCUCUUCUAGCACUUAAAAUGCUUUCUGGAGCAGGCACUGUAUUCCUAAGUUUAGUAUACACGAUGGUGGAUUGAGUAGCUGGUUGUACAGGUGUUAAGUAUUGUGCAUAUUAAUAAAUGUAUAGAGCAAUUAAAAAUCUGUUCUGAAUAUUAAA